AUGGUCCAAACCAGUGUCCCGCCGCGCAUAAGCACAUUCUUGUGGGGCAAAAGCUGCUGUGUUACUUAUGCCUACAGGUCCCGAAGCAAUGGGCAUUGGUUCCGCGGGGUAUUUCAACCUCGUGUCGCACAUCAGCGCAUAGCACAUUCCAACGAUCAGUCAUCCCUGGCGGCUCAACCCUCUCUACCGGCUCAACCAUCUCAACCAUCUCAGGUGGUUGUACCACCCCAGCCAUCGCUGCCACCUCAGCCCUCUCAGCCAGCUCAACCAUCUUUGCCGGCUCAACCAUCGCUGCCGGCUCAACCAUCGCUGCCGGCUCAACCAUCUCAGGUGGUUGUGCCACCUCAGCCGUCUCAGCCAAUUCCUUCAUCUCUGGUGGUGGUUGGAAUCCAGUCUUCUACAGCUGCUCAGCCUGCUGAGACAGCCCAGUCUGUUGAUACUACGCUUAAGAUUACCAGUUUCCUACCGAAUACCUACCAGGGUUGUUUCCAAUCCACCCUCGGCUCUAACCUCUUGAAUCUCCUUGCAGGUCCUACCUUGCGAGGCAGUGUCGAUUUGACCCAGCAAACCUGUUUGUCAUUCUGCAAUUCACAGAGUGGAGCGCCAUACCGGUACUUCGGUAUCGAAGGUGGACGCGACUGCCACUGCUCGAACAACAUGAGUUUCUCUUCCAGCUCCAACAGUGCCCUGUGUACAAGUGGAACUGCCGGAAACUCUACUCAAUCUGGUGGUGGCCUGGGCGCACUCGCGCUUUGGCAAAAUGCUGCUUAUUCACCGGUAUUGGGUGAGUACAUUGUUAGGUCUGCGCUUCGGCCCACACCAUAA